GGGGCUUUUUCUCCACAAACGCGAAGCUUAGAGAGAGAGAGAGAGAGAGAGAGAGAUUUCCUGAGCCACUGCAGAACUCUCUCCCACUUCAAACGCAGAAACCCUUCAAGGGUUCUGGUGGGUUCUUCGUUUAGAGAGCAGAGAGGAGAGAAAGGAAGAGUCUUUGUUUGUUCGGGUUUGAUUGGAUCCGAGUGUCCGGCCCGCAUUUUAUUGGUUUAAUUCAAUUUGGUUGAUAAGAAGAAAUGGGAAAAGGGGGAGAAAGAAUGAGGUUUUGAGGUUUUUGUGGUGCAGUGUUAUAGGUGACAAGAUGGUUGCUCAGGACUUCCAAGUUGAUUUGAAUAAAGCCCUUGUAUUCCAGGUUGGCCAUCUUGGAGAAUCAUAUCAAGAGUGGGUUCACCAGCCUAUUGUCUGCACGGAAGGCCCUCGAUUUUUUGAAAAUGAAUUUUGGGAGUUCUUGACCCGCACUGUGUGGUGGGCAGUUCCUACCAUAUGGCUUCCAGUUGUGUGUUACUUUAUCUCCAAAUCCGUACGAAUGGGCCAUACCUUUCCUGAAAUCGUUGUGAUGGUUCUUUUUGGCAUCUUGGUGUGGACAUUGCUUGAAUAUAUGUUGCAUCGCUUCCUUUUCCACAUUGAAACAAAGACCUACUGGUGGAACACCAUACAUUAUCUUCUCCAUGGCUGCCAUCACAAACACCCAAUGGAUGGUUUGCGCCUUGUUUUUCCUCCUACUGCAACAGCUAUUUUAUGUUUUCCGUUCUAUAACUUGGUUAAGUUGAUGUCAUCCCCUUCUGUUGCUCCUGCUUUGUUUGGCGGUGGUUUAUUGGGAUAUGUCAUGUAUGAUGUUACCCAUUAUUACCUUCAUCAUGGUCAGCCAUCCAGUAAGGUACCCAAAGAUCUUAAGAAAUACCACUUGAAUCAUCACUUCAGGAUUCAGGACAAAGGCUUUGGAAUAACUUCAAGUCUAUGGGACAGGGUGUUUGGAACACUUCCUCAAACCAAAGCAGCUAAGAAAACUAGAUAAUUAUUGAAGUGUAGCAUCUCGUAAUUGGUUAGGAUAGCUAGUAUCAGGGAGCUCAACGUAUUUUGAUCCCUUAACAUUCUUUAUUCUCCUAAAUUUAUUGUAUGCAUAAAUUAUUAUGUUUUCGAGGUGGGAUAUCAUGGUGAUGGGGGUUUCAAAUUUUGUUGUUCUGUAAAUUAAGAAUGAUGUGUUGGGAUUCACUCGUUAUUUAUGAGGGAUACCUCUUCAAAUUGUCUA